AUGGGUGGCUCUGGGAAGGGCAAGGAUGCCCCUACGACGUCAGCCUCCUCUACGUCGAAUCCAGAUGUGGUUCGUGACAACUACAUCCCGCUUUUCGACGGUCAGCCCAGCUCGUACAAGGAGUACAGAAAGCGUGUGGCACUGUACUAUAAGAAGAUGAGUCUGGCAAGCAAGAAGACGGAGGCCACGAUCAACCUCCUGACGUCGCUCAACGGGCCGGUGUGGAAACAAGUCGAACACCUGGCGGAGACGGCCCCCGACGAUGACAACGGCUUCAAUAUUGUGUUGCAGGAGCUGGACAGGGUGUACCAGUACGACAGCAGGGUUGAGAUGCCGAAGGCUUUUGAGCGUUUCUUCUAUGGCGUCAACCGCCCCUACGGCCAGACCCUCAUCCAGUACUGUUCCGAACACAGAGAAGCAGCUCGGGAGCUAGAGCGCCACAACGUGAAACUGCCGGACCCCGUUGGAGGAUGGCUGCUAUUGAGGAGAGCAGCCCUCACCGCUGAGCAAAGGCAACUUGUGAUGAGUCAGGUCGACAACAAGAAGCUCAGCGUGAAUACAGUGGAGCAAGCCUUGUUCUACCUGUUCGGCCAGGACUACCGGACGAGCAGGACCGAGCCAAGGCCCACUGGAAAAGGGCGAGGGCAUCCCACCUACCGGUGGGGCAACCAUCGCCACUACUCCUCGGCGUACACCGUGGAGGAAGAGGACCCCGGCUAUGACUACUACGAGCCGGACGCCCCGGACGAGUACCCCGAGGCCCAGUACUACGAGGAAGAGGCCGAACUCUAUGAGGAGGAGGAGGACCACGACCCCCUCGAGACCGAGCCCUACGACAGCACGUUCCUGGCAGAUGAGGUGAAGGCAGGACGAGGCUACUACCCGGUUGUGGCGAUGGUCGACCCGGCCGGGACCCAGAUGCCGAUCGCUGCCACGCCCGCGAAGGGCAAGGAGCAGCCAGAGCGGAUUCUACCCGGUGCCUACGAUGCGGACAAGUUGGACACUGGGCCUCUCAGUGCCCAAAGCCUCCUGCGCCACAGACUGGAUCCGUGUGUCGGCCUUCAGGAUGGAGGUGCGUCCUCCAUGGUUGGUGGUCACGACUUCGUCAUGGAGGUCAUCACCGAGUUCGUCUCCAAAGGCCUGGACCCCGAGACCCUGGCGUUCACGCAGGUGAACAAGAGCUUCCUCUUCGGAGGGGACCACCGAAGCCUCGCCGACUGGAGUGUCCAUCUUCCUGUCUGGAUAGGAGGGACUAAGGGCGCAUUCAGUUUCCUGGUGGAAGGGACCAUGCCCAUCCUGAUCGGCCGCCCCCUCCUCAAGGCCUUGAAGGUCAAGGUGAACUACGACACCGACAUGGUGUCUGUGCUGGGAGAGGGUUGGACCUCUGUCCUAAAAGGGCCAAAAGGUGAACAUCUCCUGGCCCUCGACGACGGCCUCAAUGAGGACACGCUCCAAGCGGACUACGACUUUGACUACGUCACCGACGACUGCGUGGAGGAUUUCCUGGCAGAUGGUGUUCUGCAUAGCUUGGGGGACUACCUGAAGCAAACAGGCCGUGCCGGACCCGUCUUCACGAUGGAUGAAAUCAUGCUCGAGGAGGACGAGCCCGCGAUCAACCUCCUCGAUGACCAGGCCCAGGAUAUCCGGGAGAAUGCCAACCUGGCUCCGGCCGUCGAAUGCCAGGUGCCCCCCACGCUCUGGAAAAGCAUCAUCUUCGGUAUCAACCGCUCCAAGAAUAGCCUGGACAGACAACUUGAGAGCGCCUACCGCGCCUCAGACGAAAGCUGUGCUAUCUUCUGGGAGGUCUACAGUGGCUCGGGGAACCUGUCUGCGGCUAUGCGGCAGUAUGGCUUUCAGACCCGAACCUUCGACCUGCCCGAGUGGAACUUUGAAGCAGCUAGCCACCGGCGCGCCUUCUUCGAGCUCCUGGAGAAGGAGAUGCCACACAUUGUGUGGCUGGCCCCUCCAUGCACCAAGUGGUCGCCGCUGCAGAACCUCUCCAAGCGGACCCAGGAGGACCUCGACGUGCUUCAGGCGACCCGGGACUUUGAGCACCAUACCCACCUCCUCUUUGUGAGAAGGGUCUUUCUGCGGAUGGCCCAGUUGGGCAUUGCAAUCAUCGGGCACCCGCAGAACUCCAAGGCCUGGAGCACGCCGGCCCUACAUGACCUUGGAUUGGAGAUCAUCAUCGACCAGUGCGCGUUGGGAGCGGCCCUGCCGCAUCCCCAAGGAAACAUGACUCCGAUCAAGAAGACAACGAAGCUGGUAGUGAACCAACAGUUGCUGAUGGAGACCUUGGGUGUCUAUCGAUGCGAUGGCACCCACCGGCACCAGACCCUCAUGGGGUCAGCCUCGAUGAUCGGGUCACGGGCAAGAGCCUACUACGCCCAGUUCAUCUACGGCAACUCGACGGCAGCGGAAGCGCUCCCCGCCUCAGACAUCGACAUGGAAGAGUACGAGCCGUCCGAAGGAACACCAGACGAUGAUGAUCUGCCGAGCACAACUUUGGAAGGAGCAGAGCAGAUGGAAGACCAGAUCUACGACAAUCACCGUCUACUUCCGCACAUCCCCGUGCACAACCAGAUCCACCACAAUCAGAGUCUACUUUCACACAUCCCGGUGUACAACCAGAUCCACCACAAUCAGAGUCUACUUCCGCACAACCCGGUGCACAACCUGAUCCACCACCAGCGGACACCAGCAGAGGCUCAGAGAAUUGUUGCCCGUCUACACCGGCUCGUGGUAGAGACCGCGGAGAACUACCAAUGCCCCUCGUGUCGGAAGCUGGCACCACCAGUCCAGGUCCUGGAAAAGACCAUCCCGGUGAUCACUAUGAUGGAUGCGGCAACCCGGUAUGUGGCCGCCCGGUGCUGGAUCCGCGUCUUCGGCCCCCCACGAACCUUGUUUGUCGACAGUCACCGAGUAUGGGGAAGCGAUGAGGUGAUGCAAUAUGCCUCCGAGCAUGGAAUGGAGCUGGUGAUCUCCUGUGGAGAGGCACACGAACGCCUUGCCCAACUGGAACGUCGCCACCAAGUGCUGCGACGAUCCGUGGAACUCUACUUGGAGGACAACCCGCCAACCGGCCCCGAGAGUCUCGUGGAGGCGCUGUGUUUCAUCAUUCCCCAGCUCAACCAGAGCCUUUCUGUUGGAGGUUUCAGUCCUACGCAGUGGGUGCUGGGGUACCAACCCAACAUUCCCGGAAGUCUCCUGGACUCUAAUGUGAACUACAGCCACCUGGACCCCACGGAAGCGUUCCAACACAAGAUGCAGUGCCGAGUCCGGGCUGCAACCGCGGUAGUCAAGGCCGACAACGAGCUUCGGCUACGACGUACUUCGACAGCACCGCGGCGAUCCGCCACGGAUGCUGGUCCGGCAACUGUGGUGUUGGUGGAAAGCCAGAGGGGACCCGACCAUCCGCCCACCGUCUACUGGUUGGUGCAUGGGUCCGCUCUUAUCCGAGCUGCCCCUGAGCACGUCCGUCCCGACCUGGAGUCAGACACGCUGGCCGCGGACCCCCCGGUUCUGGUGCGACACAUUCAGAACCGCGGCACGACAGUGUACCUCGACCGCCCCAAGACCAACAAGAAGCGCCGCCGCGAGGACUUGGCACACUCUGACGACGAGGCCAUGGACGAUGAUGACGGCGACUCACCGCCGCCCAAGGGCCCACUUCCUCGAUUACCACAAGGAUAUGCUGGCGGCCCGCCAGCAGGUGUCACUCCGACCGAGGCAGCCACGACACCAAUUCCACAUGCGGAGGGGACUCUGCGGAAGCCACUACGACCGGGGACAGCCACAGGAGGGGAGACUUCGUCCGGCAACACUCCCAACGACAACAUGCACCACACCUUCAGCCCCAACGGCCCGGAGACCUUCGAACAGAAGCGAGCUCGCAUCGACCGAAGCGAGACCAUCAGCCACGUCGUGCACCCGACCUUCCGCACUCCUACCACCCCCGAGACCUUUGAGCAGAGAAGAUCUCGCAUCGAUCGGAGCGAGACCAUCAGCUACGGACCUCGUGGACCAUCAGCUCCUCCUCGACCACAACCGUAUGGACCCACCACCGAACAUGGGUUUCUCGUUGACGUGCUGGAGCUCGAGAACUCCGAUGGCCCCGAGGAGACUGGACUACCGCCUGGAUGGUAUGCGGAUGAACACGGCUACUUGGCCCUGGAGCCUAUCCACGACACCUGGGAGCUAAAAGGAAACACCCUGAUCCGGAACCACUACGUAGUCAGGGAUUGUCUUUUCAAUCCACGUGAGACCGGCGACUGCCCCAUUCCGGAGGAGAUGCUGGCCAAGGACCGCACCACCCGAAAAGGGAAGCACUGCCACCAAGAUCGGUGGAGGAACCACCCCGCCAAGAACGACAACCACUACUGGACAGGACAGACGGCGUUCAAGAUCCUGGCACGCCACCGACGAGAUGCACAACAAGCCUUCUAUGCGGCCUCCAAGGGUGCCACGACUCACGCCGGCACCAAGGAAAAGAGGCAGAAAGAUGCCAGGAGCAACUUGAGCGAAAGAGCCAUGUCUUUGGCGGAUAGGGUGGCGUUCGUGCAGGCGAAAAAGAAGGAAUUGGAAUCGUUUUUCACGAACCAGGUCUGGGAAUGUGCGACGGAACAGGAGGCUCCCGCCAACCGAGUGUUGAAGGCCCACUUCAUCCUGAAGUGGUCCAAGCAUCCAGAUGGAAGCCCUCGGGCCAAGGCCAGGCUGAUCACUCAGGGCUUCCGAGACCCUGAUGCGUUGGCCGGCCUCCUGGACUCUACGAGCCCUACUUUGUCUCGGUUGGGAAGAACCACCCUUAUGUCGCUCGCCGCAAUACGAUCCUGGAGCACCUUCAUCGCCGACAUCACCACGGCGUUCCUUCAAGGAAAAGAGCACCCGGCUUCCAGGACUUUGUGGAUUCGCCUUCCUGCAGAUGCCCGGGCCUUGCUUGGCAUCACGGACCCCCGGGUCUUGAUGAGGCUUCGAAAACCCAUGUACGGCCUCUCUGAUGCACCUCGAGCAUGGUACGAAGAGGCAUCAAGAAGGUUGUUGUCCCUCGGGUUUACCAAACAUCCACUUGAUGGAUGCCUCUACCUCCUGUUUGACACCAAACUCCGAUGCGCGAUCGGCCUCCACGUGGACGAUCUGCUUGGAGUGGUGGAGCCCUCUUGGGCUUCAAAGACAAGGGAGGACCUGCAGAGUCUCUUUGCUUUCAGAGACUUCAGAGAGGACCAGCCGAGUUUCGACUUCCUCGGCACCCAGGUGACGCGACAACCAGAUGGUGGCCUUGCCUGUGGACACGAGGACUACAUCAACAAGGUGAAGCCCAUUGCCCUGGAGAAGAGUCGCCAGGCUGAUCCUGACAGCCCCGCCACGGACAAGGAGAAGACGCAGCUGAGGGCGCUUGUCGGGGCUCUUCAGUGG